AUGCUGGCGACGAUGAAAAUUGCUGGCCAAUUACUCUUCUCUUCCCCUUUGGCUCCUCCUCAGCCGCAAUUCUCCUCCUCUCUUCCCUCUACCCCAUCAUCGCGUGUCCAUCAUCACAUGUCUUCACUUGCUGGUCGCCCGCUCUCUCUCUUCCUGUCGGUCGUUUUUGUCGCGCGGCUAUGUCAACUCUACGUGGCUAGUGCUCUUCCCGCUCUCCUGCUUGCCCGCUUCCUAACCGACUUGUCUCACAAACACCGCGAAACAGGCAGGCAAGAGACUACACCGGAUGAAGAGAGGAAAGGUUCCAUCAACAAAGCCACCACCUCCAUCAAAUGCGCUAGCAUCAACAACAGCAGCCCAGCUCAGCUCCGUCAGUCAAACUAA